UCACACUACAAUCUGUGUCUAUUUUUGUCUUCACUUAUUUGGAAAUACCCAAUUUGUUUGAGAUCUAUCGAAGCUUCUUAUUGGGCCUUACCAAUCAAAAUAAGAUGCGAGCGUGGGCCUGGUCUGUGGCUGUGCUGGUGUGCGGUUGCUGGUUCGAUUCCUCUCUGUGUUUCCCAAACGGCUCUGUGUCCCUAUCCUGUGGAAGCAUGCUCCCUGUACAUGAACCCUACACUGCCAACACCAGCAGCCCCCCCUACACCCUGUCUACCUCUGCUGACACCUACAGGCUAGGGAACAGCAUUACAGUGACUCUGGAGGUAAACGACAUCACAGGUUAUUUUGAGGGCUUCUUUCUUCAGGCCCGGAGCAGCAACAGCCCAGAGCUUUGGCCUGUUGGAGAGUUCAAGGUCCUCAACAAUAGUAUGUUCACUUCACUCUCAUGUAACAGCAAAGUGAACUCAGCUGUCAGUCAGGCCAAUAACGCCAAAAGAACCAAAGUGGAGCUGAUGUGGGAGGCACCAAACAAUCAGAAGUAUGGAGAUGUGUACUUCAGGUAA